AUGAACUCUCGCGAGCAGUCUGACAUGCCUCCGACGCCUUCUUACCCGUCUCCUAAUGGCGCGCAGAUGGCCCAGGGCGCCAUGCCGUCGUACUACGGCAACCGCCAGCUGACGACCGAGGAGCUUCUGUCGGGCGAGCUGUCGCGCGAGGCAUCGGGCCCUGGUCUAGGAGACGGUUCGAGCAACGGCGUGCAUCACGGCCAGUCGAUGGUUUUGGGCUCCUCGAAUGCCGGCGACAUGGGUCGCCCCUCGUCGGAGGAUCAACACGCGCACUUCCAAUUCACUCCGAGCCAGCAGGUGGGCGUGGACCCAAAUCACGAUCUGAGUUAUGGUGAGCAAAGCGCGCGCAAGCGAUCCAAGAUCUCAAGGGCUUGCGACGAAUGUCGGCGAAAGAAGGUACGAUGCGACGCGACCUCGGAAAACGGUCUCGAGACAUGUUCGAAUUGUCGCCGUCUUGGUGUUGUGUGCCAGUUCAGUCGCGUGCCGAUGAAGCGCGGUCCAAGCAAAGGUUAUAUCAAGGAACUCGCCGAACGCCUUCACACUCUCGAGAGCCAGAUGCAGCCUGGAAUGGUCCAGCCCGAUGUCCCAUAUCAAGGCAUGAGCGAGGUGUCUCUCGGUAGAGGCUACCAGGACUUUACAUCGCCUGUGGACUCAGGUUCGGCCAAUCGCAAGAGAACAUACUCCGUUUUCGAAGGACUCCCCAGCUCCUCGUUUGCCCAGCCUUCGUUCAAUACCCGUGGAUCUCAGAAUACCUUCGACGGACCGGACGCAACGGCAGAUCCAUACAACCCCACCGUUGCCAGCGGUGCUGCCCCGAAGCCUGGCAAUCUGUUCUGGAAUCCGACCGAAGGGGAUUCUGAUCUGCCCACGGGCCUGGAAAUGACCGAGCUGCCCCGCCACGAAGGGGAUGAUGAUAUGACACCAGUCAGCCUCGACGAGGGCGCCCUCGAGGCCUAUUACCAGAAGGUUCACACGCUUUUGCCAAUCCUCCCUCAUACACGGGAACGCACACUGGAACUCCUUCACCAGUGCCAUCGGGAAGCCCAGGAGAUCUUUUGCUAUGCGUUGUAUGCAGUUACACGCACAGAUCUAUCCCGCGUUGCGAGCAACUUUGAGAGAGUUACAUCGUUUGGACAUGCACAGGAUUUGCUUCUGUUCCACACCCGUCAACCAUUGCUGGUUCACACUAUGCCCGUCAACACAAUCUGGCUUCAGAGUCUGAUCUUAAUGAUCAUUGAUUGUGACGCACGUGGCCCGGAUAACCUAGUGGGCAAUGACAGUGCGCCAAAGCACACUUUGGUAUCGGCGGCUAGCAAGCUGGGGUACGAUCUGGCGAAGAUCCAAGGCCAGCUAAAGAACAAUCGAUCUUCAGACCCCGAUGUGGAUUCGGAAGCCAACCUUGUCCGACGCAUCUACGUUUCGCUGACCAUCCUUACUCGGUGGUAUGCGAUUAGUGUGGCCGAUGCGACUGUGCUUGGCGGACAGGAAAUCGGUGGUCGUGAAGAUGAGAAGGUUGUCGGACAGAUCACAACAGGAAUUGCCUCCUAUUCAACCUUUCUAUCGGAAAUGGUCACCUUGGCCACCGUCGAGCCCAACGUCUGCCAGACCAACACCGGGCUGGGACGCAUGGUCGGUGCUAAUCUAGUUGCUUCCCUCGAGCGCCUGGCGGACAUGGAGGACAUCUUCAAGAUCCACGAGCUUCCCGAAAACACCACAACUCGCCCUCUUUUCGAGAGCCUCCAAGCCCAACUGUACUGGACCCUUCGCCUUCUAAUAAAACGCCAUGUCUAUGUCUACAGCCCAUACGAGAUCAUCUACUGUGCACAAGAGGUCAUCAACGAGCUUCACAAGGCGAACAUUCAAAGCCGACUCCCCACCCCCUUUGACCUGCACAGCUUGGCGCUUGCCUCCAUGACCCUUCUCGAGGCGACUGUUCUCCCAGAGCACGAAAAUGAAUGCUGGAGUUCAUUGCAGAAAGUUGAAGAAAUCCUCGACCGGCGCGAGAAGCGAACAGCCAAGGCCACAGAGUUCGACAACAUCUUCGGUACUCCGGGCUGGGACGCAAAGAUCCGAGUCUUCCUCGAAUGGCGCCGUAUCAAGUCCCAAGAGAGCCAGCUCCAGGAGUCGAUCGGCGUUUUGCCAAAGUCUAGCUCAGGGCCGGGGUCCGGUUCCCAGCCGCCGAUGGGCCCCAACGAGCAACGUUCGCUACAGCACCUUGCCGACCUUGCUGUCGGCGCCGAGGGUUCUGUGAGCCAGAAUGCGCCUACAACUCCCCCACCUGGUCUGUCUGCUGAUCAAGGCGAGACAUCGCCUAAUCUUGCUCCGCAACUGGCUCAGUCUCAGGGUGGCAAUGGCACAGGUCGUGUUGUCGUUGAUUUCACGAUGCUAACCCGGGAAGGCUACCUCAAUGUUUUCUCGGGGUUGAUUUACCGUCGAAACCGUUAA